CGCCCACGUGUCUUUAUUACUAUUUAAUACAAUGACCUAAUUUUGGUUUGAGGCCAUUUAUAUUGCGAAUAAAAAUUCGUCCUUUUCGUUUCCAGCCUUUUAUCCUCUUAUCCUUUUACUGCUGACAUUUGGCUUUGAGCAGUCUUGUGCUCACACCUUUGGAUACAAAUUAAGGUUGUCAAAACUUUCCCAAACGUUAUUUUAAUUAUCUAUCGUACCAAAUUAUAAUCUACAAAUCUUUAGCUGCAGCUAUUUUAACCCAAAGCUGCAACAAGAGAAAAAGUCUGUGUGAAUAAAUGUGUCAAUCAUAAACAAUAAAUGUCUCGUUUUUGGCUAUAGGCCUACCUAUGAUUAAUAUUUCUGUUGCCAUGGUAUCGAAAAAGGUAUCGUUUAUCAUCUGAGCUUUACUAGUAGGCUUUCCUGUCAAAGUUUAAAAUUCAGGCAUCCUAAUAACCCGUACACAAACACUUCUUCAAUUAAGUUUGUUUUGGUAAUAUGGUCACCUGUUCAAAUUAUUUUGCGCAGCGUUACAAUCCAGGUGCGCAGAGGCAGCUUUCAGCCAAUCAGAGAGCUAGGUGUGCCAACCUGGCAGCAAAGGUAAUUUAAACAGGAAGUAAUUAGCAUACAGGGCGCGGGAUUCAAACGUGGUAGUAGUGGCUUUAGUAGGGGACGCGAAUUUUUCUGGGAGUCUACAGCAGGAUUGAGUCUGUGAAAAAUCUCAAAGAAACCUCUGUCAAACACAGGCCCGAAGCAUGGCGACGGUGUUUGACGGGAUCAGCCAGCAGCUGGACUUCUCGAGCUGUGGAGAGGAGGGCAGCAGCAGUGACAACAGCUCCGACGACUGCACCUUCAGGAUCAAGAGCCCCAGGGUCCACAGUCCCAGGGUCCGCACUCCCAGGGUCCGCACUCCCAGGGUCCAUACUCCCAGCUCUGCUUGCAUGACCCCCAGGGUGCAACGCCACCGCAGCAUGAGCAUCACCAUACCGUCCCCUGUGCAGUGCACCAGCCCCAUCCCGUACGCUUCCUGGAGCAAACUGAGGCUCUGUGACUCUCCAAGCACGCCGAAGAGUCUGCUCUCCAAGGCGUCCCAGCCUUACUCCAGCACUAAGAUAAGUCGUCAUCAGAGGACUCUGUGUUUUGUCUCAGCCGCUGCCAACCACGUCCAGGCCCCAUCUGUCAACGUCAACCCUUUCACCCCCGACACGGUCCGCAGGAACAGCGAGCAGCAGCAGCAGCAGCGGAGGACCUGUUUUAGGAGCGAUGACGAUGACGACUAUGGACGCAGGUUGAAACACAGUUUAACGUCAUCUGAGGAGGAUGAUGAAGCCUUUCUCCCACCAAAGAGACGAGCUGUCCAGGCCUUCAUGCUGUCACGCUAUGAGAGCGAGUUCCUGGAGCUGGAGUGCAUCGGCGUGGGCGAGUUUGGGGCAGUUUACAAGUGUGUGAAGAGGCUGGACGGCUGCUUGUACGCCAUUAAACGCUCCCGCCGACCCCUGGCAGGCUCGGCCAAUGAACAGCUGGCCCUAAAGGAAGUUUAUGCACAUGCUGUUCUCGGACACCACCCACAUGUUGUUCGCUAUUAUUCAGCAUGGGCAGAAGACCAUCACAUGAUCAUUCAGAAUGAAUACUGUGAUGGUGGAAGUCUGAACGACGCCAUCCUGAAGAAGGAGGUGCAGGGCGAGCUGUUUUCAGAGGCCGAGCUGAAGGAUCUCCUCUUACAGGUGUCAAUGGGACUCAAAUACAUCCACAGCUUAGGCCUCGUCCACCUGGACAUCAAACCAAGUAACAUUUUUAUCUGCCAGCGCUCCAGCUCUAGGGCCUCAGGCGAGGGAGAGAGUGAGGAGGAGGAGGAGGAGGAGGAGGAGGAGGAGGAGGAUGGAGGCACUUCAGCUGGAGUCAUUUACAAAAUAGGGGAUCUGGGUCAUGUGACAUCAACAAACAGUCCUCAAGUUGAGGAAGGAGACAGCCGCUUUCUGGCCAGCGAGGUCCUGCAGGAGGAUUACAGCCAACUCCCAAAGGCAGACAUUUUUGCUCUGGGCCUGACGCUGCUGCUGGCAGCGGGUGCGCCCCCUCUUCCCCAAAAUGGAGACGAGUGGCACAGCCUCAGACGGGGAGAGCUCCCCAAACUGCCACAGGAGCUAUCGCCUCCCUUCAAACGCCUACUUCAGUUGUUACUGGAUCCAGAUCUGACAAAGCGGCCGUCUGCCAGAGAGCUGUGCAAGCACACAGUCUUAAGGGACGAGCGGACUGGGAGGCUGGCUGCUCAGCUACGCAGAGAGCUCAAUGUGGAGAAGUUCAGGACGGCCAUGCUUGAAAAGGAGCUCCAGGAGGCUCGUCAGGCCGCGUUGUCACCCAGGCAGAACCUCUCCCUUGGGCUGAAACCCUCUAAGAUGGGGUCUCUGCCCAGACCGGGGAGGAGGCUUGUUGGUAUGAAGACGGCUCGCUCCAUGAGUUUCGGUUGUUAAGAUAAGGAAGUCCCACAUGCUGCAACCAGGUUGUGUUAAAAAUGCACCAUGUAUAUAUGAGAAGACAUAACUUAAACAUGAGCUGUGUGGAGGAUCCUCAGGGAGUCUUUCCAUGUAAAGGCCUUGAAAUCAGCGAUGAUUUUGAAGAAGAAAUUUAGACAACAACCCGAGAAGUGAUUUGCUUGUUCUGCUGCAUGCCUAUAAACUUAAACCAAUGCAUGGACUUGUUUUUUUAAUUGUAAAUAAACUUUUAAAGCCUUUUUAUCAAA